AAAAUAUAAUUCAAUUUUGUUCAUCAAAAAAGGCUUAAUCGAUAAAUAGACAACAAAAAACGAAACUCUUCGUCAUACUACAACUACUUAUAUAUAUGAUCAGCAUUUUUUUUUAUUAUUAUUUCGUCUUCAAUUCGUCUAGAAUUUAUUCUGUUUUCUUGGCCCGACUCUUUAAAUUCUUUCUCGUUUUUUUUCUGGUGUCUGUGUUGAACAGUGUAUUUGUGUGUGUGUGUGUUUAUGAACGUGAAGAAUUCCAUGUGAUUUAAAAUCACCAUUACCAAGCAUUUUUGUGAAAAAAAAGAUUAUAGCAGAAUCCAUGUGUGUGCCAUCAUCAAUUAUUAUAACACAUGAUUUGAACGAUUUAAAUUGAUAAACACUAAACAAUUUUUCUUUAUUAUUUCUUCUUGUGACAUGCAAAAAUUAAAUAAUGUUUCAAUUUCACCGCCUUGAAAUUCUGAUGUAUAGAAAUUGAUUUUUUAAAAUUACAAUAUUGGAUUAUUAAACUAAUUUUCAUUCAUAUUGGUCAUCAUCCUCACAAAGUGUAUGAGUUUGUGUGUCCGUGAAUUUCAAAUUCUGCUUCAUUAUUGUGACAUUGUUGUUGUUAUUCGGUGUGAUUAUAUUUAUUAUACUGAUGAUUGAUAAAAAGACGUUUUUGGUUGGCCUAAAAAAAUUUCUACUUUAGAUCAAAUUUUCUCUGGCAUUUGACGAUUUUAUUUCGACAAAAUAUACUCUGUAUACUUGAACCGAAAUUUCUGAUUAUUAUUUUUAAACCGACAUUUAUUAAUAUUACGAUAAAGUUGAUUAUUUUUCUAUACCGAAAAUAUGGCCACAACGGAAUUGAAUUUUGGACCUGAAUGGAUACGUGCAUUGACUGAUGGUGCCGGUAUUGGCAGUACUAAUAGCGGUGGCGGUGGUAGUAAUAAUAGUAGUAACAGUGGUAAUAGUGGUCCGAAAACUUUUUCCGGUUCAUCUGGACCUAGUUCAAGUUCAUCAAAUUCGUUGAGCACAACUAAUAAUACAUUUAAAUCGGCAUCAUCAAAAAUGUUCAAUACAAAAUCAAUAUCAAAACAUCAUCAUCAUCACGAUAUAAAAUAUCGAUAUACAAAAGAGGAAAUGUUGUCAUAUUUUCAACAGUCCUCAUUUUUAGCACCACCAAAAGAUCUAAUACAACAUGAUGAAGUAUAUGUUGAUGAUGGUCAACAUCCACUUGCCCUAAUUGAAUUGACAAAUGAUGAAAUUGAUCUAAUGUCACAGAAUAUUAAUCCGGAUUUUGUAUUGAAAAAAUCGAUGCCGAAUGAAUCAUCAUCUGUUAUAAAUAAUUCAAAUAAUCAACAGAAUAAUCAUUCUUCUGGUUCUACAACGACAAUGUCCAAUAAUAAUCAACAACAACAACAUCAUGGAUCAUCAUAUAAAGAUCGAAUAUCAAAAUUAUCAUCAUCAGAUUUACUUCGAUCACCAGGUGGGGGAUCAAAACUUGUUUCAUCAUCACCAUCAUCAUCAAAUGGUUUUAUAACAGAACGCAAUAAUACAACGAACAAUACAAAUUCUUAUCCGACACGUGGUGGUGGUGGAGGAUCGUCAAGAGGUUCAUCAUUGAAUAAUAAUCGUAUUGGACGUGGUGCCGGUAAUAUUGUAUUCACAAGGCUAUCAUCAAUGGAUUCGUCAACAUCGAAUUCAGAUAAUAAUAAUUCAUCUGCUGUCGGUGGUAUACGUUCAAUUGGCGCUCUUUAUGCUGGAUCGAAAAAAUAUAUAGAAUUAGCAGCUUCCGGUACACAGCGUGAUGAUGAUAAUGAUAAAACAUUAUUGAAUAACACUAAAAAUAACUCAGGCUCUUCAUCAAUGGAUUCAUCAUCCACAGAUAAUAAUAAUUCAUCUGCUGGCGGUGCUAUACGUUCAAUUGGCACUUUUUAUGUUGGAUCAAAAAAAUAUGUAGAAUUAGCAGCUACCGGUACACAACGUGAUGAUAAUGAAUCGACGUUAGUAAAUAAUUCAAAGAAUAACAAUUCAAAUUCUUCAUCAAAUAGUUCAUCAUCGGCAUCGUUGUUUAUGCCAUCAUGGCGUUCGUCGACGAGUAAAACUGAAUCUGGAACAAAUUCAAAUAAUCCAGAGGCAUCGUCAACGACUACGACGACGGUAAAAGAAUCUGUAUCAUCAUCAUGGAAAACAAAUAGUUGGCGUAUAAAUGAUAAUAAUGGAAGUGGUUCACGUAGUUCAGUACCGAUUAGACAAAAGGAUUUUUUCGGUGAUCCAAUCAUCGAUGAUCACCAUGAUAAUGGCAUUAGUCGUAUUAAACAAUCAACCACAAACAAUUCAAAAUCCGGAUCGGGUAAACCCUUUCAAAAACGUUCGUCAUUUACAUCAUCCGAACGUGAUCGUCAUCAUUUAUCAUCGUUUCCAUCUGUGGAUGGAUCGACUAUGUUGGAUGCCGAGAGAGAUUUGUUUGGCGGCCGUUCAUCGUCAUCAUCAUCCGCAACAACCACUAAUGCUGGUACUGGUUCAACUUAUAGUGAUUUGUUUUCACGAAAUUCAUCAUCAACAACAACACCGAAAGGAUUAAAUUCUCGUGAUCGUUAUCGUGGUGGUGAUCAUCGUGGUUGCGAUGAAAAUAAUCAAACAAAUUCGACAAAAACAAUGGAUAAUUCUAAAUUUUCUCAUUAUUCAUCAUCAUCAAAAGGUAGUGGUUAUUAUGGUCGUUCAUAUGAUCGUUUUAAUUCAAGACUACGUAGUGGUGGUGGUGAUGGUAAUCAUUAUCAUCAUUCAAAUGAUGACUCGGAUUUUUUCUCUGAUCGUUUUGGUACACGUUCUAAUAAUUCUGGCCAUCCUCAUCAUUCACAACAACAACAACAUCAUCAACAGCAACAAAAUUUAUCAAACGAUGAUGAUGGUGAUUCAUAUCGGCGUAAAGAUUCAUUACCAGAAUGGAGCCUAGAAGAUCCUAGUUGCAUUGAUGUUACUCGUGUUGGAACAUUUGAUGCAAGUGGAGCAUUCCAUGAAGCAUUGGAUGAUGAUCUUAUGACACCAUUAGAAGUCGAUAAUGAUGAUGAUGGCGCUAAGAAUAAUAAUGAUGAUCAAAAUGAUGAUGAAGAUUUUUUCGGUAGAAAAAUUUCUAAAACUAAAAAGAAUUCUGAUAAUAAAAAUCAUUCUACGACUAGUGGAAAAUCGACAGAAGUAAAAUCUAAUGAACCUGAUAGCAAUAAAUCUGAAAUCCGUCCUCCUUCAACAAUUUCAUUGUCGACAACAACUACCAAAACAAGUUCAAAACCAAAACCGAUCGAUUAUUUCAAUGAUCCAUCAUUAAGUCCUAAUUAUCAAACAAAAUCUGAUACGAAGCAACAAGUGUUAAAUGUUGAUGAUAAAACAGUAUCAAAAAAUAAUGAUGAAGAUAACAGAACAACAACAUCAAUGGAUGGCAAUAAUAAUAAUAAUGGCUCUAUCAAUAAAAAUUAUAUGAUGAAUGAUGAAAAUAUUGUUGGUAGUGGUGGUCAAGCAAACAGCCUAAUGUCGAUGAUAGCCAAACGUAAUAAUGAUUCUAAUAAUACUGGUCAAUCAAGUAAUAAUGAAUCGAUUGGUGGUUGUAUGGAUAGAAAUUCAGUAUUUAAUCCAACAUCAUCAUCAUCGGGAAAUAAUUCAACUUUUUCGUUUGGUGGUACCACAUCGUUCGGUCCAUCAUCAGCUAUGAUUGAACAACAGCAGCAACCAGCAUCACAGCCUGUCAUUAUUGGUGGUCCAAUAUCGAAUCCUCGAAAUACGGUUGCUGCCCAUUUAUUGGAUUCAUCAUCAACGGAUAAUAUAUUGCCUGGUUCACCAUCGCGUACUGUACCGUUUAAAUCGAUAAAUAGGGAUCAAAAUCCUAAUAAUAAUGAACGAAAUUCUUUAUUCAUGCAUGAUGAAAAUUUAUUAAUGAAUGAUUCAUUAAAAUUUUCAUCAUUAUUGAAUGAUUUUAAUUUCGAUUUCGGUACUACAGCAAGUAAUAGCAACACCAAUAAUAAUUCAACAACUACUACUGGUACGAAUGAUUCGGCUGAUCAUCAACUAUUUAUGCGAUUAGCAUCCCAACAACAACAUCAACAACCGCCACCGUCGAAUAAUCAUCCAUUUAAUAAUCAAGAUCUUGACCAUCAUCAAACAUUUGAUAAUGGUAGUACUAAUAAUCUGUUGAAUAAUCUGGCUAAUGAUGCAAAUGGGCAACAGCGAUUCAAUAUUGUACCAUCAAAACCAAAGGAUUUAAUUGAUGAUCCAUUACAACAACAUCACCAUCAAACACAAUCUGUUUCUAUGUCAACUAACCAUACAAUGAUCAAAUGGUUUUAUUGUGAUCCACAAGGUCAAACCCAGGGUCCAUUCACCAGUCAAGAAAUGUUUGAAUGGUAUAAUGGUGGCUAUUUUAAUCCAGAUUUGCUAGUCAAACGAGCAUCGGAUUCAAAAUUUACAAAAUUAGGUGAAUUAAUACAGGCAUUGGGUGGACGUUGUCCAUUUAAUUUAAUACCACCAACACCUUCCCCUAUAUCGGUUGGACAACCACAACCGAUUCAACAACCAACAUCCGUUAGUAAUAAUAAUAUUCAAACUGGUCGAAUUGUUAUGGCACAACAAGCACCACCACCACCCCCUCCUCCCACACAAUCUAUCCAACAACAACAGCAGCCACCAUCAUCUAUUCAACAUUCGAAUUUCCCAUUACGAACAAACAAUAAUGAGGCAUUAUUUUUUCCCGUUUCAUCUUCAUCAACAACAACAUCAUCGAUAAACAAUCAGCAACAGCCACAUUCUGCUCCGAUUGUACCACCAUCAUCGAUGAAUCAAUUUCUAACAUCAUCACCAUCAACGACACAAUCAUCGACGACAACAAUCGGUGGUGGUGUUGGUCAUCAUCGUGGACCAUCAAUACAACCACCACCAACACAACCACAACCAUCACCAUCUGUUAUAUCAUCAUCAUCGACUACAGCAGCAGCAUUUCAA